AUGAUCGCAUCGACAUCAAAUCCAUAUGUGGUCGUGCCGCGACGAGUGAAACGUGUGAAGCGGCGUCGCGCCAAACCGCGCGUGCUUUCGUUCGCCUCACUCGACGAUUUAUAUACGGGUGGAUUGGUGGCAUCGCAGAGCCUACCAUCGGUGGCAUUGCCAAUGCAUUAUUUGCACCAGAAGCUCGCGGAGAGCAUCUCAUUUAUAAGCGCCACAAUCGAUUCAAUCGAGGAAUUCGUGGCAUGUAGCACCAACAACCUGUCAACGCUUCCAAAUAAAAUGAAAUCGUAUGCUCCAGUGUUCACUGUCUUGUUUGAUUUUAAUGGAAAUGGGCCCGAACAGCUCACGGUGAAGAAAAACGACCAGGUUCGCGUUCUCGGUUAUAACAAAGGUGGAGAGUGGACUGAAGCCGUUCUUUAUCAAGUGAGGAAUGGCAACAGUCAGCGAAAAGUUGGCCAGGUUGGAUGGGUGCCGAGCAACUUCAUUGCCCCACUUCAUUGUCUUGAUCGCUACUCUUGGUACCAUGGAAAAAUUUCACGCGGUGAAGCUGAAUAUAUUCUGGGCAGCGGAAUCACUGGCUCAUUUUUGGUUCGUGAAAGCGAGACCAGCAUUGGACACUAUUCAAUCUCUGUUCGCUAUGAAGGCCGGGUUUAUCACUAUCGCAUCAAUGUGGAUUCGAUCAGUGAAAAGCUUUAUAUUACACAAGAUUUCAAGUUUGGAACUCUACCAGAAUUGGUUCAUCAUCAUAGCGUAACUGCCGAUGGGUUGAUUUGUACUUUGACGUAUGCAGCUACAAAGAAAGAUAAAACCAAUACAUUGUAUUCGCUAUCACCAACGCAGCCCGAUGAAUGGGAAAUUGACCGCCGCGAGAUAGUGAUGCAUGACAAACUGGGUGGUGGUCAGUAUGGCGAUGUUUACGAAGGCUACUGGAAACGGUAUCAAAAAACUGUUGCUGUGAAAGCGCUUAAAGAAGAUGUGAUGCCACUUCACGAAUUUCUUGCCGAAGCUGCUUUGAUGAAAGUACUGCAUCAUAGGAACUUGGUCAGUCUGAUUGGCGUUUGCACACGGGAGGCUCCAUUUUUUAUAAUAACGGAGUUCAUGAGUUGUGGAAAUUUAUUGGAAUAUUUACGAAAAACGGAUAAGGCAGUUUUGCCAAUGCCAACCUUAAUGCAAAUGGCAACUCAGAUUGCUUCAGGGAUGGCUUAUUUGGAGUCUCGUCACUUCAUCCAUCGUGAUCUUGCUGCAAGAAACUGUCUUGUUGGUCCAAACAAUGUUGUCAAAAUUGCCGAUUUUGGAUUAGCUCGAUUUAUGCGGGAAGACACUUAUACAGCUCAUGCUGGAGCGAAAUUUCCAAUUAAAUGGACAGCUCCCGAAGGACUUGCAUACAAUACAUUCAGUUCGAAAAGCGAUGUUUGGGCAUACGGCAUUUUGCUAUGGGAAAUUGCUUCGUAUGGAAUGGCGCCUUAUCCGGGCGUGGAAUUAUCAAACGUUUAUGGGUUACUAGAGAAAGGUUUUCGAAUGGACGUGCCAACAGGUUGCCCGGAUUCAGUAUAUCGUCUGAUGCUUCAAUGUUGGAAUUGGUCGCCGUCCGAUCGUCCACGCUUCCAUGACAUUUAUAACAAUCUGGAUCGAUUGUUCCCAUAUGACGGAAAUGAGGAAGGCAAUGAUUCACACAACUUGGAUCCCAAAUAUCCAUCUAGCGCUGAAGCCGGUCGGCCAAGUAGCAGAAAUUGCACCAACCGAAACAGUGGCAUGAUGUUUUCAAAUGAGCCAAUUAUUAACUCACGAAAUUCGGAUAUGGGCAUGACGAUGUCAUCUUUCCGUGACACUUGCGCUGUGUCUCCGAGACAGUCGCGAAUGUCAGCUCCAACUCCACCGCAACAAAGCGCUAAACCGAAACUUCUCAAAUCGGUUUUGAGCUCAAAUGCCCGCGAUCGAUCAAGCGUUUCUUCAAUGGACGAUUCGGGAGAGAUCACGCCGUUGGCUGAGAAAAAUGUGCGCAAAGCGGUUAGUCGACUCGGAGGAACAAUGCCGAAGGAGCAGAGAAUUGGUGCCUAUUUGGACUCGAUGAGGAAGGUGGAUCGUUGGAACGAAGGUGCUGAUGCCGAUACCGAAGGGGCUGCUUCGAGUUCAAUGAGUCGCACCGUUUCCGAUGACUCAUUGGAUGUUUUACCACUACCUGAUACGAUGUCUUCAAGUGCAUAUGGUAAAGCAGCUGACAACUCCCAAAGUGCCGUUCUCAAAGAAAUGCGCUCCAAACUCAAAAAGCGAGCGGGCUCGUAUUAUGAUCGUGAAACUACGCGUGAUGUUUCUGAAGCAGAUAUUUACAAGCCGGAGACGCCGAAGCCUUAUGAGCAUGACGUGCAAAGUGUUGAUAGCUUCAGCUCUUCUCAAAAUCAGAAUCGAGGCGAUGGGGCUGAUAUCGUAACUCGAAACCGGUUUGCCAACGAAUACCGAGAGAGUGAUCAACCUUCAUCAAAUAAUGAAAGUAGUCCGCCAACUCCACCAUCGCGGAAUACAUCGGGGGCUAUUGCAAAGACUCCUGAAGAGUCAAAUGGUUCCAAACAGGCAGUUAACCGAAAAGUUGAACUGAAGAAGAUGGAGGCUGCCCCAUCGGCGGAAGGUGAACUCAAAGCUCGAAUCCGAAAUCUGCGACAUGUCAGCAAAGACGAAUCGGAGAAAUCAAUGUCAUCCCCAGACGAAUCUCCAAGAGAAAUUACAUUGCCCAUCGGCUCGUCAAAAGAGCCAUCGGAAAAAGCAAAAGUUCGACUGCUCGUUACUCAAAAAGUAUCCCCGCUUCAACACCAUCGACCAUUCUCUCUUCAAUGCCCAAACAAUUCGACAAGUUCCGGUGGAGCACAAUCAGAAAGCCAUGACGUGUCGGAGUCUUCGUCGUCUUCAAGUCUUUACGGGUUCCCGGCACUUCAAGAUAAAGAUAAAAAGAGAUUAGAAGAUCGGUCCACGAAUUCGCUUCAACGGCCGAAGAAUACUCCACAAAAAGCUGUCAGUUCUAUAUUAAAAGAUGAAGCUGGUGGAAUGGUCAGAGCUCAUUCUCUUCGCGAUAUUACUAGCAAGUUUGAGCAGCUUGGAUCGCAAAGUGACGCGGAGAAGAAAGCCAAGGCCGAGAAUCCUCCGAAACGACCUGAAAGGAAGUCGGAAAAGCGAUUCUCGAUGAUGGAAAGCGAAGGGCAAGAUCAUGUGAAGCCCGUUGUUCCGAAAAGAACAAGCCGAGUGGGUCAAGAGUCUGAAAUUGAUAAUGAACCAGUUAGCAAGGAAAUUAUUGUGUCUUUGUCGCGCAAUGUCGAAAAUAUGAUUCGUGAAUGCGAAAGUUCCUAUAGUCCACGACACGUACGGGAUCAGAAUUUUAUCAAGCUACAUGAUGCGAUGCAGGCAUUCCAAACGAAGUGCUCAAUAUACGCCGAGCAGAUUUCUCCGCACAGCAAAUUCAGAUUCAAGGAGCUGCUAACCCAAUUUGAAGCGUUCAACAAUCGGCUACGAUGCUCAGCGUCUCCCACGACCAAUUUUGUUGAUUCCAAAGUGUUUUCAAGCUUGGAAGAAAUUUUGAAUCAAAUAAUGGCACUAAUCAACCGUUAA